AUGGCACUGAACAUACCAAAGUCCGGCUUUCAACGCUUUAUGAAAGAUGGAGCGCAGCUCUUCAAAGGCACCGAUGAGGCCGUGUUAAGAAAUAUCGACGCAUGCGUCGAGUUGGCUUCACAACUGAAAUCCGCUUAUGGUCCUAAUGGAAUGAACAAGAUGGUCAUAAAUCAUAUCGAGAAGCUGUUUGUGACGAAUGAUGCUGCCACAAUCCUCAAGGAACUGGACAUUCAACAUCCAGCUGCAAAAAUAAUCAUUCUGGCCAGUCAAAUGCAGGAGAAACAGAUUGGAGAUAACACCAACACAGUGGUGAUCUUGGCCACAGCUUUGCUAGAACAUGGCGCUGAACUCAUCAAUAUGGGCCUCACACCACAGGAAGUCGCUGCUGGCUACGAACAUGCUGCUGAGAAAGCGCUUGAGAUCCUGCCAAGUCUUGUUGUUCAGGAGGCGACAGAUUUGAGGGAUCUUUCAAUGUUCCUGCGUUCUGCUAUUACCUCAAAACAAUACGACAACGAGGAAAUCAUUGCAGAUUUGGUGGCAAAAGCUUGUGUUCGAACUGUACCGAAAAACAGCUUUAAUUUCAAUGUUGACAACAUCCGAAUCUGCAAACUCCUUGGCUCCGGAGUGAAUUCGUCAAUGGUAAUGAACGGUAUGGUUUUCAAACGAGGAGCGGAAGGUGAGGUUAAGAGUUCGGAAAACGCUCGGAUCGCUGUGUUCACGUGUCCAUUUGAUCUAACACAGACCGAGACUAAGGGCACUGUACUCAUCGAAAAUGCACAAGAGUUGAUGGGAUUUGCGAAAGGAGAAGAAAGCGAAGUUGAAUCUCAAGUGAAAGCUCUCGCUGAUAACGGAGUCCAAGUUGUUGUGGCGGCAGGAAAAUUUGGCGAUCUGUAUCUACACUUCCUUAACAAGUAUAAAAUCAUGGGUGUAAGACUUACGUCGAAGUUUGACCUACGGCGUCUCUGUCGUACUGUGGGAGCCCAGGCCCAGGCUAGAAUUUGUGCUCCUGCUGUAAAUUUACUUGGGAAGUGCGAUGCCGUCUACGUAAAGGAGAUCGGUGAUGAGAGCGUGGUAGUUUUUGAAAACAAGGGGGAGAAAGGAAAUGUGGCAACAAUUUUGAUUCGUGGGUCUAGUCAGUCGCGAAUAGAUGAUGUUGAGCGUGCUGUCGAUGAUGCGAUUAAUACCUACAAAGCCCUCACAAAAGAUGGAAAGGUUCUUCCCGGUGCUGGUGCUGUGGAAAUUGAGUUGGCCCGACAGAUCGAAAAUUACGGAGAAAAAUGCCCGGGACUAGAACAGUAUGCUAUUAAAAAAUUCGCUUAUGCAUUGGAAACAUUGCCGAAAUGUAUUGCGGAGAAUUCUGGUAUGGACGCCACUGACAUCUUAACAAAGCUCAAUGCAGCACACGAAACUGGUCAGCGGAACGCGGGUAUCGAUAUCUGGAAGCACGAUAUCAUGGACGCAGCAGAGAACAAUAUUUUGGAUCUUUAUGCUGGAAAAAAACUCGCCAUCAAGCUAGCAACUGAUGCGGCUGCUACGAUCCUGAAAGUUGACCAGAUCAUCAUUGCCAAACAAGCAGCAGGUGGUCCUACUCCUCGCGGGCCCAAACCUCAGGACGAAGACGACGAAGGGAUGGUGUGA